AUGGAAGCAUCGAACGAAGGGCCAAAGAAGGAGAAAUAUUCCUGUUCGAGAUGUAGAAAGUUGAAAAAGAAGUGUCCUAGAGAGGUGCCUGUAUGCGGACAUUGCGUAAGGGUAGGUGCCGAAUGUUCUUAUCCGGGGAGAGCCGCAAGAAGAACCAAGAAGGAGCUGGAAGAAGCAGAAUUGAGAGGUGAAUUUAUUCCGAGCAAAAAACAUAAGACACAUGAAGGAAAUGGAAGUCGUAGUAAUACAGCCUCUGUAAUAUACACAAGCGAUCAUUCGACUUUCCCGGCGAGAGCAACAAGAGCAGCUUCCAGUACUUCAGUCCCUCCGAUCAGUUCGUUCCAACCCAACGAGACCGUAUCAUCAUUAAUUUCUGCAUUCGCUACUCUAGAUGAAUCUUCAUCGGACCAGACAUCUCCACAAUCCAUUGUGUCGAGGCAGGUAAGCGUAGAUGCUCCACUCUCAUUUACAAGCGCCAAUGGUAGAACUUUAUUACGUGGCGAUCAUGUUAACAGACAGGUUUUAUCUUCUUCGGCUACACAAUCAGUUGCAAAUUCAUUAACUUCUCCAGAAUCUGUUGCUGCUAGUAGAGCGAUUAGUUCUGCUCCCGAAUAUGAGCCUAGUUUCUCUAGAAGACUUGUAACCUCUUCAAGCUUGGAACCAUCAGUACCUGUAGAUUCAUCAAGCCUGGAAGCCGAAACCAUUGCAGACGUCUUUAAAGGCGCAAGAGCGACUAAUUGGAUCAAUGCUGAUGGCUCAUUCAAACCAAUAGACCGCAACCUGUUAGAUAGAUUUAUUGCUGCAUUUUUUAAACACAAUCAUAGAUUAUUUCCCGUGAUAGAUAAACUCUCAUUCAUAGAUAGGGUUUCAACAAUACGAGUAUUUGAUUAUGAACUAUUGAAUAGUGCAUUCAAUGAUGAUGUUUUCAUUUUCCAACUUUAUAUGAUUAUGGCUAUCGGCUGUACCACAUUGCGUAGAGCGGGUAUGCUUCUGAAAGAUGAAGAGGAAUUAAGUGAACAUUUAGCCUUCCUUUCAAUGAAAAAAUUCAGAACUGUCAUGGCUUUGCAAAAUAUAGAAACGAUAAAAUGUCUGUUACUUCUGGGUAUCUAUUCAUUUUUCGAACCAAAAGGGUCCUCCUCGUGGACAAUCAGUGGUAUUAUUAUGAGAUUAGUAAUAGCUCUAGGCCUUAAUAGGGCUCCAGUAUCUAAAAAAUUGAAAACUAUGCCUGCAAUAGAAGUUGAGUCAAGAUAUAGAGUCUUUUGGAGUGCUUAUUGUUUUGAAAGACUGAUUUCAACUUGUCUUGGUAGGAUGUCAGCAAUAGACGAUGAUGAAAUUUCGGUUCCAUUGCCACACGCCAUGUAUAGUGAUGAAAAAGAAGAUAUCGAUGUUACAAAUACAAUGAUUACAUUGAGAAGGAUUGCUGGGAAGAUUUACAAGAAUGUCCAUUCCGUACAUGCUGGUAAACAAGAUUUGACAAUAGAAGAAAGACAAAAAAUCAUUGUCGACUUGAGAGAAGAAUUGGAUGGAAUUUACAAAUUGGAACAAGCUAAAAUGGAUAAACAAAAUAAGAAAAGCGGUUCUCGAAAAAGUAAUAUAUCAUUCCACAGCAGUGAAAGUUGGCUCACAAUGAGGUACUCACAACUGCAAAUUCUACUAUAUCGACCUUCUGCCCUAAUACCAAAACCUCCAAUCGAAUCCCUGGCUAUACUGGGCAAAUUCUGUCUAAUGGCAUGGAAGCAUACCUACACUUUAUAUCAAAAGAAACUGCUUCCUUUAAACUGGAUCACGUUAUUUAGGACGUUGACCAUUUGUAACACUAUUUUAUAUUGUCUCUGCCAAUGGAGUAUAGAUUUGAUAGAAAGUAAGAUCGAAAUUCAACAAAUUGUAGAAAUAUUAGAGCAUUUCGGAGCCAAGUGGAUCUUUGCCACCAGAUGCGCAGAAGUCUUCCAGGGCAUUAGUAAUACUAUACUGGAUAUCAGUUUAAGUGACGGGAAGGUUCCAAAUAUGGACAGUCUCACAAACGAACUCUUCGGUGCAACCGAUGCUUACCACGAUAUUUUGAGUGAGAACAAUGUCGACAUUUCAUGGGUGGAUAAACUAGCUUUGUCCGAUUAA